AAGUGACCUUUUUUCCCCCCCUCAGGAGUUCAGCUCAAGCUAGGGGCGGUGGGAGGGGCAGGGCUGGCGAGGGCGGUGGAGAGGACAAAACGCACCUUUACCAGCUUCGCGCGCAUCUCCCCCCCCCCCCCCCAGCCGGCUGCGCGCGCACCUGCCUCCCUGAGGCGCCACUGUGCCCUCAAGGGCUCUUACUAGCCUAACAAGUAGCCUGGACGUUAUCCCGCCUCCACCCGGACCCCCACCUUCCUGCUCUGGCCUUUCUGUCCCCAGCGCCGCCAGCUCUCGAGGGGAGAAGGGGUAAAUUAUUUGAGUUGCCGCUUCUCCUUUAAGAAAAAAAGGCCCCGUCCGUUGCCGGAUGAAAGUCUCUGAAAAAAUGGCGGCGAUAGGCUAGAGGCGGGGUUAAGGGAAUAGCGCGGGAUAGUCAUGAGGCGCAUGCGCAGGCCUAAUUUAGCCCACGGCAUUCUGGGAAACGAAGUCUUAUUUGGUCUGCGCUUCCAGGGAAAAGAUGGGAAACUAGAGGCCGAGAGAAGUCUGGGAGUUUUUGACUGAUUCACCACGGGAAAUGUAGUUUUCUAUCCACAGUCCGAGUUUACGUCCCAGAGAGGCACUGCUUCCGGGUUAGGUCGCGACGCCUGCGUACAACUGGCACAGAUACUGAGCCAAUUACUGGUGCCUGAGACUAAACUGCUUCUUUUUACUGUUAAGCUUGGCGUUUGUAUGCCUUAUUGGAGGAAUUGGAACGCUCCACCCUCCAGGACAGUGAUGAAUAUUCAAACCCAAUUUCUUGUCACCUGGAUCAGCAAUCUAAACAGGGGAGCAUACUUCCCCAAUCUCCAAAGACCUUGUCAUCUCAGAGUCACACAAGUCCCUUGAAGGUGCAGCUCGUGUAUACGACCAAUAUCCAGGAGCCCAAUGUCUACAGAGCCUUUGAACAGAGGCAGAACCCUUCUAUGCUGACUUGGCAGCCGCCCAAGUGAGGUCCAAGAGCCAAAGGAAUCAGUACCACCUCCUAAAACCUCAGCAGCUGCUCAGCUGGAUGAACUCAUGGCCCACCUGAGUGAAAUGCAGGCCAAGGUUUCAGUGACACCAGAUGCCAGCAAGAAACACUUACCAGACAAGCAGGACCACAAGGCGUCAUUGGACUCAAUGCUUGGGGGUUUGGAACAGGAACUGCAAGAUCUUGGGAUUGCCACGGUUCCUAAGGGCCACUGUGCUUCCUGCCAGAAGCCAAUUGCUGGGAAGGUGAUCCACGCUAUGGGGCAAUCCUGGCACCCAGAGCACUUUGUCUGCACUCACUGCAAAGAGGAGAUUGGCUCCAGUCCCUUCUUUGAGCGGAGUGGCUUGGCCUACUGUUCCAAGGACUACCACCAUCUGUUUUCUCCACGCUGUGCCUACUGUGCUUCUCCCAUCAUGGAUAGAGUGCUGACAGCAAUGAACCAGACGUGGCACCCAGAGCACUUCUUCUGCUCUCACUGUGGAGAGGUGUUUGGUGCAGAAGGCUUUCAUGAGAAGGACAAGAAGCCAUAUUGCCGAAAAGAUUUCUUAGCCAUGUUCUCACCUAAGUGUGGUGGCUGCAACCGUCCUGUGUUGGAAAACUACUUUUCAGCCAUGAACACUGUGUGGCACCCAGAGUGCUUUGUGUGUGGGGACUGCUUCUGCAGUUUUUCUUCUGGCUCCUUCUUUGAACUGGAUGGCCGUCCAUUCUGUGAACUCCAUUACCAUCACCGCCGAGGGACCCUCUGCCAUGGCUGUGGGCAGCCCAUCACUGGCCGCUGCAUCAGUGCCAUGGGGCACAAGUUUCAUCCUGAGCACUUUGUGUGCGCUUUCUGUCUGACACAGCUGUCGAAAGGCAUCUUCAGAGAGCAGAACAACAAGACCUACUGUCAACUCUGCUUCAAUAAGCUCUUUUCACUGUAGUCCCCUUUGAUCCACAUCUACUUCUGAGACCAGGGCAGGGAAGAGCACACUUUCUUUCCCUGAUCUUCACUCGGUGGGGCUAAUAGAGUACAAGCAAUGAGCAAAUAAGGGAAUUUCUAGAUGUUACUAGACUUACAAACUUAUAUUUGAAGCUACUUCUUAUUUUUUAAUUAUGUAUUUGCAUUUAGAUUUAGAUCAUGCUACCAGGACCUUCUGAAGGCAUAUUUCUCAUGUGCACAAUUCAUUCCACCACUGGUUUUCUAUUUCUCACAUUUUACCUCUGCUGAUGCCCCAUUUAGAUCUCUAGCUGUGGGCCCCAGAGUCUGACUCUUCCUUUCUCUUAGGAGUCAUGACACUACUCUUAAGCCCUUAGUGCCUUUCCUCAAUGCAGUUUGCUAGUUUAAGAGGAAGUAUAUUUUAACUGACAUCUGUGAUGAAUAAAGCAGCUUGUGGUUUUGGUGA